AAAAAAUAAUAGCAUAACGGUGCUCUUCUAAGUGAUUUUCUAUCUCGACAACAUGCGUUUCCGCCUUUAAUCACUCCAAAUUAUAAUAUCCAUUAUGGUGGAAAUUUGUGUCGUGGCAAGUUGGAGUUUAUGGAGGGUAGAGGUAUCCUCGGGUAUCUCUACUCUCCAUAAUAAUGUAAGCAACUUUUUGAAUUAAUAUGAUGGCGAAACUAAUUUCGCAGAAGCUGAUCGUUGGAGAUUUUAAACCACCAAAUUUAUUAUUAAUUCUUGGUGGAAGAACGCUAAAAAUCUGCGACUUUGGUACGGCUUGUGACUUGAACAUGACAAAUAACAAAGGCUCUGCAGCAUGGAUGGCACUAGAAGUAUUUGAUGGCUCGCGUUACAUUGAAGAAUGUGAUAUAUUCAGUUGGGGGGUGAUAUUGUGGGAGAUAUUGGCCCGUCGAAAACCAUUCGAUGAUAUUGGUGGAUCUGCGUAUCGCAUCAUGUGGGCAGUACAUGUUGGACAACGACCACCUCUUAUUGAAGAUUGUCCCAAUAGAAAAUUUAAUCACCAGGUGUUGGAGUAAACGCUCUGAAGAACGACCGUCAAUGGACUUGUCUAGCUUCAUUCAUCAGCGGACUUUUAGAACAGUUGAAUAACAGUAUGUCUGAAGACUAUGAAGAAAAUUAUGACGAUAACGAUGAUGAAAUUGAUCAAGAUACUAUUGUUGUUUCGUGGGAUAUGUCUUCUAGUCAAAUUAAUGGUUAUCAAGUGAACGGCAUUAAUAAUGAUAGCAAAAUUGAUUUAUCAACUUUUAAAACUACAACAAUUAAAAACAAUACAAAAUAGUCAAGAAUUUAGGGAUUCAAAUGUUAUUGAUAACUUUCCACAAAUGAAACCAACAAGUAAUAAUGAUAAUAGAGAUUCUAAUAAUCGAUUUCAACCACUUCAUAUUGAAUGUGAUCCUAAUGCUUGGGAGUUAGCUACGAGUACAGAAUCGUUGUGGGAACUUCAAAAUACAGCUUAAAAAACAUAAUCGUAA